CACUGAUCACUGAUGACACUACACUAGUACCACGGUACUAGUCCCCCGCUGGUUCGCCCUCACUGCCGGGCACUUAACCUGCCCCUCUCGCACAAGUGCAGAUUUAUCCCUCGUUUAAGCUAGUUCUCUAAAAAUUAUUCUCUACAUGGAUUCGGAAGUCACCCUCCUAUUCACCGCAAAGUCGCCCCCUGGCAUCCCCAAGCAGUUGGUCCAUGUUGUGCUGAACCAAAACUACAACCGAACCAUUCUACCAGAACAUGAGGAACAUGUGGAAGACAUCUGGCAGCAGCGGCUGGCAAAGAACCAGCACCUCUACAACGGCUCCAAGUUCCGCUACCACAGCAUCCAGGAGAACCCUGCAGACGGUGGAGCGACCUUUCACCUUGGUCUGACGGAUUACAGGGAGUUCCAGACCACCAACUGGGCGCCCAACGCGGAGGAACUUCGGCAGCUUGGGAGCAAGGAUAUGGGGCAGAGUCAGGCCUACAUGUCAGAUCCCCUCGGAGUGGGAUCAUUUGUGUUGACAGCUGAUGGAUUUGUUGUCUUCAUUAGACGAAGCAGUACGGUUGGUGAAGCAGUGGGAUUGUGGGAUAUACCAGGUGGUCAUCCAGAACCAAAGGAAGUGAAAGGAGGGUCAUCCAAGUUGAACGACAUGACCAUAACCAACCUUGACCCCGCUGAGGUUGUGGAUGAGAUCUUUCAGUCGACCCUGAACGAGAUACGAGAUGAAAUCAACAUCCCACUGGAGCGCCUCAGUGAACCUGUUCUGAUGGGCGUGGCACUCAAUCACACCAGCUCCGGAAGGCCUAGCUCAGAGUACUUUGUGAGAUGUGACCUUCCUGCUAAAGAGGUGAAGAGGUUGUACCAGCUGGGUGGUGCGGAAGCAAACGAGUCUUCAAGCCUGAAGCUUGUAUCAAUCAAGGACAUUCCAUCGUUACCAUCGUCACCCAUGUGGGCAGAGAUGUGUCCAUCAGGGAAAGGCUGUGUCCUCCUCUACAACUCACUCAUGCCUGAUAGGUGAUAGUAGGCAGGUCAAAGGGCAUAGGUCAAGAACCUGCAAUUGUGUGUGUGACCAAUGUAAAAGUCGUAAUUUUCUUCUUGUACAAAGUAGCAAGAAAUGGACUAGCCGACUCUAUUCAUGUGCCAGAUUUCCUCUUCUUCCAAGAUGCCAGUUUAGCUGAAGGUGGUGGCUUUCAGUUGCCUUUUUGUUUCAUUCUUGUUGGUUUGGUCUGUUUUUCUUUUUGUUCUUUACAGUUUAAGUAUAGAUUUUAUAUAUUUUGUAAAAGAGUAGGUGUGAAAAUACAAAAUGUUAGACCUUUACCAAGCUAAUCAAUGGUAUAUGCCUUGAAUUCUUAAUGCUAUUUGGGAACUUGAAUGUGCAAAUUUACAGUUUUUAUUUAUUAAAAGAAAACCUGCUUGUCUUUGGCAAGUUUUUCCGCCACCAAUUAAAUGAAAAAAACAUACUACUGCAAUUGUGUAAAAAAUGUAAUAAUUACCAUCAAAAUAAUGG